UAGAUGAAGUGAGAGAAAGAGAAAAGAGCAGAAGCCAAACAACGAACGGUGGAGUUUGGCGUGGAGCGUCGUUUCUACACGAACCGACGACCACCGGCGGAGGGAAGAAUGCUUGAAAACAAGAGGGAGAGAUUGAAAACCUUCCUGAGGAAGAUCGACGAGAAGGCCAUCGUCAGAAUCAAGCAUUUCAUGAAAGAGAGCAGCUACCCAGUAGAGAGCAGCGGUGGCGGGCUGCAAGUCAAAGUGAAGAAAAGCAGGAGCAGCUUAAGCAAUGGAAGCAUCAAGAAGGUGGAGUCGAGGAAAGCCUUGAGCUUGGAGGCGGCCCAGCUGGAGAUCCAGCAGCAGCACAAAACCCUCACAAGACAAGAUGCAGUCAGGUCUCAGACAUUUGAAGUUGACAGCAAAGGCUUUGAGAGGACGGAGGGCACGGGCACACAAAGUAGUUUUAUGAAGCACAACAAAACAUUCCACAAGCUGUUUCCACACAUUCCCAAGAAUGAAGACUUGAUACAUGCUUACAUCUGCGCCCUGCAGAAAGAAGUGCCCUACCACGGUCGGCUGUACAUCACAGACACCCAUGCCUGUUUCUACUCAUCAGUGCUACUCAAAGACACUAAGCUAGUUAUUCCAGUUUCCCGCAUCCAUAUAGUAAAGAAGCAGAACACAGCUCUGCUUGUACCCAACGCCUUGUCCAUCCGUACCUCUGAAGGAGACAAGAUCCUCUUUGUGUCGCUGCGGAACAGAGAAUCAUGUUAUCAGCUGCUGCGUUCAGUUUGUCCACAGAUAGAGGAGGGAAGCACAAAUAGUAGCCCUAUCAUCUCCUCGGCUGAAAACAGCUUUGAUAAAAGCAAACUUGUGAACUCCAGCCAGUCCAGUCUGGAUGACAGCUUCGACCAGUUUGAUGGUUCUGAGUCCCGAUCCUUACAGGAGCAGCCUCUGCACAAACCUCACAGAGAUGCAGUGCCUAAUGGGAACGGCUCGGCUUUCAGGGGUCUACACGUGCAGCCGAGUGAAAGCUCGUCCUCAGAGGAGCUCUCAGUUUCAGGUGGCUCGUGGGUUUGGAAUGUGACAGAAAAGGCCAAGUCCCUGCUGGUUCAGAGAGAGGCCAGAACCCUCAACACUCUACUCUUCAUUUACUUGAUUUUGGUUGUGCUGCUGCUGCUGUCUUCCGGCUACAUUGGUUUACGAAUCGUGGCUCUGGAGGAACAGCUGACGUCCCUGGGGGCUUUACCUGAGUUCACCUUACAGAGCAGGUACCGCCAAGACACAUAACCCUCAGCGAUGGAAGGAGAGAUCGGUUGACUCAUGACAGGAGGAUUAUCAUCGGCCUCAUUCAGCAGAACACAGCGGGAGAAAUUUCACCUUUUCAGACUGUGCUCCCGCCAUGGCUGGUGCUGUUGGCUAGAGGAGGAAAAAAAAGACAGCCAACAUGUGCAAUUUUUAAGAGACACUUUGUUAACUUGAAGGGCUAUCCUUCCUCCUAGUGCAGUAGACAAAUGGACAUGCCACGACUUAGUCCAACAGAGCCAAGCAAAAAAUGCAUCCACACUCUGCCUGGCUGCAGCGUGUCGGAACCUUCAAACCAAAGCCAAGCCGCUCUUGCUUCGCAAAAAUGCCAGACUAGCCGAGUUUGACGGACACCUACCUGACAGAAACUGUUCAACAUCUGUGAAUUUAUGUUAUUCAUUGUCCUUCUUAUACACACCCCUCAUCCUUGAGCAUGCAGUCAGAACAGGGCUAUACCGAUCAGCAUUAGACCGCUGUAGUUCUUCUUAUUGCAUCUCAACAGCAGAGGGGUAGUGCUAUAUGCAUAGCCAAAGAUGCACACGGUGCACAUCUUUUGCAUGAGUGCACUAAGAUGACUUUGUAGUGAUUUUCUAUCUCUGAUUUACCCUUCCGUUUAACAGCGGUUUAUACAGAGUUGUCUAUCCUCUAUCUCGGUAUCUGUCGGGGUGUUUCUCUUUGAAUGGUUCCCUAAUCAGCUGUGGGUUGAAAUGAUGAUCACUGAAAUCCCAAAAUCAGAUCAGCCCAAGCAGGCUCGUCUUUCUCCUGAUGGUCUUUCCCUUUCUCUCCUUCUCCAACCAGAAAUGAUUGCAGUAUUACUUUCCUCGCCUUUGACAUGAUUUAAAUCCUUUAAUGAUCAAUGCUCCGAGGUUUUUUUUCUUUUUCAAUGCAGUCUCGGCUGGUUGAUUGCAUCAUCAAUGCACAAAUAUUUAGUACAACAGGACAAGACGAGGUUGUCUUCAUCGAUGAGUGUUUGUGUAUGGCAAGGUUAAAUUUAAAUUAUGUUGAUGUUCUGUCCUGCAGGAAAAAAAACUACAAACCUCUGUCCAUGACAGGCCUCAAACGGCAUUUCUAGAAUUUUCAGGUUAUUUAAAGUAGCAUCAAUAAUGUAUUUCUAAUGUUUAUGCAUGUGUCUGCAAUAUCGACACCUGACUGAUACUUCAUAUGCGUUCUCACUCCAGUACACCUGAGUGGAGAUUUGCAACCACGCUCGCUGUAAGGUCCCAAAUUUUAAACAGUAAAGAAGUGGCGCCAAAAGGAAAUUUAAAUAUGCAAAUCAAUUAUUAUGCAUGGCAACAAUUACUACUACUACUCUUUUUGUGUGCUGUUUUAAAUGGAGCUUGAUGUUUGUGGGGAAGGAAAUUUUGUAGGAAGACAAAAUAGAUGUGAAUGAAAGAACAGCUCAAGCGAGCUAGCCGCACUUUAAAAAAAUGUGUUUGUGCCUGUCACAAUCCAUGACACGGUGUUUUGGGUUGAGAAGAAAUGGCAAAGCUAGCGUUCUGUGGUAUCUGAUGGUGCUACAACCUUUUUUAAUUUUUUUAAGUAGUUUUCACUCAGGGGUGGUGGGCACUACCUGCCACAUGGUUUUAGGUUGUCAUCCUCUCCCUUUGACAUUUCAAAGUCUUGUGUGUGUGAUGGGGUUCACAUUUUGUACACCUUGGCUUUAGUGACCUUCUCAAAUGUCCCUUUGAGAAAGACCACUGCUAUCAUUGAGAUUCAUUCGACUUUAAUGUAACUGUAUUCAGCUUCUCAAAAGUGCGUGCUUUUUUCAGUUUCCCUCCUUUUGUGACCCUUUUUAACAGAUAACGAUGCAUAUCAACACCACAGCACAAAGACUUAACAGCACCAUUCUUGUGGAAACUCUCUUUCACAACUUGUAGCGAGUAGGUUUACUUGUGUACAUCGUGUUUCAGACGGUCAUAGUCUCAUGAUUGGCUAUGCUCUAUUUCAACAUGCCACAUACAGUACUGUCAGUUCUAAUAAUCCCCCACCAGGGGGCAGCACACACAUCCACUGUCCUUGAAUGGACUCAAUGCAAGAAUCUCAAUGAAGAGGGCAGUAUUUGUGUGGUUUUGCACUAUUCAAAGUGUUGUUAAUAAUUUUGUACCAAUUGUUAAUGUCCUUAAUUCUUCUAUGGUCCUAUAUAUUUAUUUGCCUACUGUGUAAUUCAAAGUAAUCUCUGUGAGAUGGCUUUGCUAUUUAAAAUAAAUCAAAUGUGAGUAAAUCAUAUCGUGUGCAUUUACCAUGAACUACAAAAGUGUUGAUUAAGUAACUGAAUGGAAAAUAAAUAUGUUCACAUGA